GAGCGGCCGCCGGUGGGCGCGCCGAUGACGUCACUGCUGCGCCUGGACGGAUCGGCCUCCCCGCGCGCGCCCAGCGCCCCCGCGCCCGCGCCGACCUCCGGAGGGCGGCUGCCCGCCAAGCCGGGGCCGGCCGGCUCCUCCGGCUCCACGACGGUGGCGCCGCCUAGCGCCCUCCCGCCGUGCGCCGUCGCCGACCUCCAGCUCGACCUCCAGCUCGCCUCCUGCGACCUCGGCGACGUGGAGCUCUUCCGCGGCUACCCCCCGCAGCUCCUCGAUCUCGCCUCCUUCGUCUGCAUCAUGUUCAUGUGCGUCGGGGUCCCCGGCAACCUCAUCACCGUCGCCGCCCUCUUCAAGUGCCGAAAGGUGCGAAAUGCGACUGCAGUGUUCAUAAUCAAUCUGAGCAUAAGUGACCUGAUGUUCUGCUGCUUCAACUUGCCCUUAGCUGCCUCGACGUUCUGGUUCCGCUCGUGGAAGCACGGAGAGCUCCUCUGCCAACUGUUCCCGUUCCUCCGCUACGGGCUUCUCGCCGUCUCCCUCUUCACCGUCCUUGCCAUCACCAUCAACCGAUACAUCAUGAUCAGCCACCCUGACCUCUAUCCUAAGAUUUACAGUGCGAAAAACCUUGUGCUGAUGGUGGGCAGUACGUGGCUCCUGGGGUUCGGGGCGUUGGUGCCAACGUGGCGGGGCAAGUGGGGUCAGUUCGGGCUCGACCCCACGGUGGGGUCCUGCUCCAUCCUGCCCGACGCCUGGGGUCACUCGCCCAAGCAGUUCCUCUUUCUGACGGCUUUCGUCAUCCCUUGCGUGUGCAUCGUUUCGUGCUAUGCUCGGAUCUAUUUCAUCGUUCGCCUCACCACCGUCAACUCCCGACAAUCCCGCAAAACCAGCAAGGUGAGCUACUAUGCGGGGAAGCACGGGAAGGCGGAAAUGCGGAAGCUUCGGCCGAACUUCUCGACGGACGACUCGGCGAUCGGGACUUCGAGCUGCUCAGCGCCCUCCUGCUCCACCGAGAGGACCACCGACAACUCGCAGGCCCAGUCGGAACUCUCCCGCGACGUUGUCCUCCACAUGAUGACCCUCCCUCACCCACACCCACACCCCCACCCCCACCCGCAUCCCCCGCCUAACCCCAACUACUUGUUACCACCUUCCUCGCAUCGAUACAAGAUGACCAUUCUCCCGGAUCCAUCUUCGUCAUCUGGUAUCGACGGUGGGGUGGAGCUCGACGACGGGGUAUCGUCGGGGACCUCGGCGUGCAGCAGCCGGGCGACGUCGCCCUCAGCGGCGCCGCACAAGAAGCGGACCUCGUUCGGGGGUCGACGGCUGUCGUCGAUGCGGGGCGCCCUCUUCCGGCGCAACUCCCUCGCUCGCCACCCCUCCUUCCGGCGCCGCAGCCAGGCCCCCGGCUCCCCGGGCAAGAUGAGCGCCAAAGACCGCAAGCUCCUCAAGAUGAUCCUCGUCAUCUUCGGUGCCUUCGUCAUCUGCUACCUGCCCAUCACCGUCUCCAAGAUGCUCCAGUCUUUCGACGAGUAUCACUACCUCCACGUCGGCGGAUACAUGCUGAUAUACUUGACCACAUGCAUAAAUCCAAUUAUCUACGUGGUUAUGAGCUCAGAGUACCGACAAGCCUACAAAAAUCUCCUGUUUUGCAGAGGGUACACUGAGACUCAGCCAAUCAGGACCGUAGGCUUCUACAGAAAAAGUUUCCAGCGGGCCUGACAUCCGCCUAUAGUCGAAGAGAAACGACAGAAAGCGAGGGAUACAGACAGCGGACAUACCCCAGAUCUAUGUUUUUAGAGAAAUAAUUUAGUAACUCGUUGAAUAUAAGUACAGGUGGUUCUUUUGAGAGCGGAACAUGUUUGUAAUUACUAGAAUUUUAUUCUUUGAGAUGACAAUUUUGCUGUUGAUGUUACUUGUGCACUGCCAUGCAGGCCUGUAUCGAUUGUUUUUUUUUGUCAAGAAAAAAGAGGAAGAGUUAAUUGAACAGUGUGAUCAUGCAGAUAAGUACAAGUAGACUCAGUUUUAUCUUAGUUUUAUCGUAAAAGCGGUGGUGAUAUAAAUUUGGUAAAUCUAUACCUCGUAUAUUUAAUUGUUAACCUUACAUCAUUGAGACUACUAAUACUUUUACGUGUGAUUUGAAUUGAGAUAAAGCAAAUUUUGUUUGUCAUUGAAAGACAAGAUUAUUUUAAAUAUUGAAAUUUAUUUUAAUUGAUAAGAAGUUGACCUAAUUAUACUAAUUCAAAAACUAGACUUUAAUCACUGUCAAAAGAAACAAAAUGAGGAAAUUGAAGUAAUUUCUUUCCUCUAAAAUGGUAGAUGCCGAUAGUUUAAACCUCGAUUGCUUCGAUUUAAAUCGAUUGUUA